AUUUAUGUUAUCACGAUCGGGAAUACAUUUUUUUUUACCUGUUGGUGUUACGAUUCAGCCGUGCCUACUGACGCAUGUCCUAAAUCAUUCAGUGCACCAUGGAGGACCUCUCGACACAGUCAGUGAAGACGAACUCAGACCAAAAUAUAGACAGCAAUGACACACUGAAGUACCAAGGACGUUAUAGAGGUCGUCACGAAAUAGGCCUAUGUCCUGAGGUGGUAGCUUCACCGACCAAAGUUUUAAACUGCGAGAAAAAAAUAAAACAUAAGGAGUUCAUUCCUUACAAGAUGUUUUCAAUGAUGGACUUUCCAGAACAUUACAGGGACAUUGAUUUGCUGCAGAUUGUGCACAUUAUUGCUUUUUUGACUGUCAAAAUCAUCGUCAAAUGUGUAAGUCAAGAUCGACCUCUGUUAGAUGAAUUUAAUCAGCCGUAUCCUCUAGCAGAAUUCAGGGGAAGCGAAGAUUCUCAUUUCGGUACAGGAAGAAUCGGUACUGUCUGGAGUUAUUCGGAAAACGACGAUAAGCCAUGCCCUUGUUCAAAGUGCCACAACUCGGGUAAUCCAACCAAGGUCUGGGGUUUGAUAAGAGUUAUCACCGCUGUGCACGUUGUUUUUGACCAAAAGGAAGCACUUCGUUCCGAGUGUCUGUUCGGAUUCGACAGCUUGGACGCUGUUCCCACUCUUUUGGAAGGCGUAGGCAUGGAGAGGGCGGAUACAAAUGACGACCGGUGUCAUCUCUCGUGUGUCACUCACGAUGUUUCAUUGCUUCAGAAGAUAAAACCCAAGUGGAGUAGUUAUCCCAUUUAUCACAGCAAUGUCUUGAAAAAGUUCACCGCUCUUGACGACAAGCUAGUCAUAAUCGUUGCCCACCCGCAUGGGUGCCCCAAACAAGUGUCCAUAGGUGACUGGAUAUACAGAGAUGAGACUGGUGACAAGUCAUCAGAAGGCCACCCUUAUGUCAAGUAUAACUACACAACAGCAACUUGCCAAGGGUCAAGUGGGGCUACUCUGUAUAUUCUGGGACGAAAGUGGAAACUGUGGUACAACCAAGUACACAGUGGCUAUGAUAGCAACAACAGGUUUAACUACAGCGGAACUGGCUGCGAUUAGUACUAGGACAGAUAGCUUUUUGUAGGCUUGCAAGAGGGUGAUAUGCCCCCCCCCCCCUUUUUUCUUUUCUAUUGAGCUUUUAGAUAUUGUAAGUUUGAUAUCAAUUAAUCUUUCGAAUAAGGCGCUACAUCACUAGCUGUACCUGUAGACCCUGGAACAUGAUCAGGACAUCAAACUUUCCUCGUGAAAUCUUCCAUAUGUCUACUUUAAUUUUUGCUUUUAUUAAAUCUUCGGAUUAUACCGGUAGAUUAAGCAUGAGCCUACAAGUCUUUGGUCAGUGACAGAGUAAAUAAUUUGUUUAUGGCACUAUUGUUUUAGUUUCUUCAAUGCUUUUUUCUUUUAUUGGGUUUUGAGUGUGGUGUUAUAAACUGCAUACAUUUAAGCUUGUAUUUUUAACUGAUCCAACAUACUUUCCAUUUGCUAAAGGUUAUGAGUUCUUUACAACACAAUAAAUAAAUAAAACAUUUAGACAAUUCAAA